UGCAAACCUUAUUGUUGCAAUUAUGAAAAUCAUCAUCUGCGUAUUGUUGUUCAGUUCCCUGGCGUUCGCCUCCGAGGAGUUUGCCAUCAAACUCCCGGAGAGCGUAAUCGCUCAACUCCGGGCCGCAUUAGACAAAUCUGACCUCAGGGGAACGCAGGCAAUAAUUAACGAUUAUGCUGACAAACUGUUCCAAAAUUUGGAUAAGCUCAUCUACAAUAGUACCUUGGAUCCCCUAGGACUUCCAGUUUUCGACCAAUCAUUUUUGGGUUCGGAAGUGAAACUGGACCAAGGCAAACUGACUGGUCUCUCAUCAAUGCACAGAUACAAAGACAUGAUCUUGACCUACGAAAGUUCAACAAGGAUUCUGACCCUAACAGCCCCUAUUCAAUUUGACGAAAUCAAAUUCACAUACAAUUAUCUGGUGAAAGUCUUGUUCAUCCCUUAUUCCGGUGGUAUGACAGGAAAACUCACCAACUUCAAGAUGAACUAUGUGUUUGCUUUUGACUUUAAAAAUUACCAUAUUUCUUUGAAGGCUUCAGAAAUUAUGAACUCAGGACACAUUGAUCUGACUUUCUCUGGUCACAUCAUCGACAUCGUCAUCAACUUGCUGUCUGAACUCGUUAGUACAGUUUUACAUCCCAUUAUUGUCACUACUAUCCAAGUUGCCUUCAAUUUAAUUAUCAACAAUAUUGUAAACACCAUUAACGACUUGAUCGAUUCUAUUUUCCAUAACGACAUUGCUACUACCGUUGCUACUUUCUUUCGAAUUGCCAUGAAGGUCUUGACGUGUUUUGUGGCGUUAUUCGCCUUCGCCCUUGCUGAUUAUGACCAAGUGGUCCUUAGCAAGCUUGAGGGCUACAAGUUCAACAUAUCCCAGGAGUUUGUCGAGGGCUUUCUUAAGGCCAUUAAAAAUACGCAACACGGAACCAGAGCUACAACUGCUGAGGUGAACGAAUAUGUGGACAAACUCCUGGCGAAUAUUGGUAAUUUCAUCAUCCAAAGUGGUUUGGAUCCCAUGGAAUUGCCCGAUUUAGAACAAGGAUUGAUUCCAAUGGGAGAUCUCACAUUAAGUCAGGGAUGGCUUCAAGAUACUUCCACCAUCGGAAGAUACGACGACGUAAUUGUUACUUACGAUAGACAAACUAAGAAAUACACUCUGUCUGUUCCUCUGCUGUUCGACUCCCUUGAGUUUACAUAUGAUUACAAAGUGCAGGUGCUUCUCUUGAGCUACUCUGGAGGAAUUAUCGGUAAAGUUAAGGAUUUAAGGAUUUACACAACCCUCACCUUUGAUUUUAAUAAUUACCAGGCUUCUUUGGAAAAAUUCGAUCUCACCAACAGUGGAACUCUAUCUUUGAAAUUCACUGGAAAUGUUUUGGUUGAUUGGCUAGUUAACGCCAUUAGUACCGUUGUCUCGACAAUUUUACAUCCAAUUAUAAUCAGGAUUAUCCAGGCAAUCGUCAAAAGUCCUUUGGAAGCUGUUGUUGCCAUUAUCAACCAAUUUAUUGAUUCCAUCCUUCAUCCUUCCACUGCAGCAGCACUUCUGUAAAUGGAAUUUUCUGAUGCUUUCGAAUUUAUUUCAAUAUAUAUUCGUUAAGCAUUUUCCAUGAUUUAAUGUUAAAAUCUAAUUUGUAGCAUUUUAUAAAGCAAAUAAACAAAAGAUUAACCAUUGAG